CUAUGACCAGCUAAGACCGCUAUGAUCUUUGCUAUGACUAAGGCCAUAUGGCAGUAGGAAUUAUCAUAACACUAGGCUAAUGUGUGAUUCACUUUAGUUGUUCAAUAUUUCGCCAUUAGGCUAAUAGCUUUUUGGUUAUAAGGCUAUGGACUCGCAGAGACAAGACUUUUGGAAAGAAGCUGUUUUAAAAGAAAAUCUGCUUAGACUAAAUUGGUUUCGUCAGAACUGGAUAAAACACCCUAAACCACCAUCUAAGGAACGCAAGGUGAAAUUGCCCAAUGUUACUGAACCUUCAGGAGAAAAAUCUUUGCAAAGUCAAACAACAGAGGUGAAAGUGUCCAAACCGAAACCUCUUGAUCCAGUCUCAGAUAUAAAUAUAAUGAGACCUGUUUCAAGCGAGACCAGGACUGAGUUAUAUCAAGGUUUCACGAAAGAAGAGACGGGACGGUACAGGUAUCUCUCACUAAGGAAACGGAAGAGUCCGGAGGACAAAUAUCAUUACCCAAUUACCAGCAAUUGGCGGUAUGGUUGGGGCCUAGGAGACAUGAACAAGGCCCAUGUUCCGAUAUACGCCAAAAAUGCCAUCGUAAAGGAGAGUUUUUUCCGAAAAAAUGGAAUAUUUCCCCGGAGCUCAUCCUCAGACGUUGUGGUGUGAUGCAUUGAAACACAAAAGUUUAGCAGCCAAACUCUGUUGGAGUUGGUGGUGUUGACGGCACUCACCUUCCCAAGGAGCUGACAGCUGACUAAACCCUCUUCAAAUAAAAAAAGCCUACAAUGAA